AUGGAACAAAACUCAUCGCUUUUAAUUCGCAUCAGUACAGCGGUAGCGUAUGCUGUAUGUUCAGUGCUCGUCGUUUUCAUCAACAAACUAUUGCUCACCAAUUUUGAAUUUCCGUCAUUUUUAAUUGUUGGAUUAGGACAGAUGGCAGCAACUAUUAUAGUCCUAUGGUUUGCUGCUCUUCUCGAUUUCGUUUCAAUUCCUCCAUUCGAUUCAUCCAUUUUCCCACUGCCAAUUUUCUAUGUUCUGAAUCUAAUAUCCGGAUUGAGUGGUACACAAAGAAUAAAUCUUCCAAUGUUCACUGUGUUACGCAGAUUUUCAAUCUUAAUGACAAUGGUGUUGGAAUACAUUGUACUUGGGGUAAAAGCAUCUUAUGCGGUGAAGAUCUCGGUUGCUUUAAUGAUUUUAGGUUCUGUAAUUGCAGCUGUGUUUGAUUUAACGUUUGAUGUUUGGGGGUAUUCGAUGAUUUUGAUCAAUGAUAUUUGUACAGCCGCUAAUAGUGUUUAUAUGAAACAGAAGCUUAAUACAAAGAAGUUUGGUAAAUAUGGUCUUUUAUAUUACAAUGCACUAUUUAUGAUUCUUCCUGUGAUUAUUUUGGCUUGUAUAAAUCAAGAAUUUGAAAAGGUACAGCAAUAUAUAAUUGCUGGAAAUAUGACGAUAUGGGUAGCUGCUUGUUUAUCGUUUUCGUUUGUUUGCGGCUUCCUGCUCAACUGUUCGAUUGUUUUAUGCACACAUCACAAUAGUGCUCUUACCACUUCAUGUGUCGGCCCAUUUAAAAACUUACUUGUUACUUAUGUUGGGAUGUUCUUAUCGGGCGACUAUUUGUUUGGAUGGAACAAUUUUAUCGGUAUCAAUAUCAGCAUUAUAGGGAGCCUUCUUUAUACUUACGUCACAUUCAGAACGGAGAAAAGAAGUGCAGAAGAGAAGAGUGCUGGAAUGCUACCUAAAGUUGACCACAAGCAACCUUUACUAUAG